ACACAAGAAGUGCUGGAGGUAGAGAUUGCAUCAGAGAGCAUUCCGGUUCCUCCUGAAAAGCUUGUCAAUAAUGGUGUAUUAGUGUCUCGUGAAAUUUCCUGCUUGGAAGUCCAGGUGGAAAAUACAUGGACGAAGAAAGAAGCUUCAGAAAAAGACUUCCUAUUUGCAUUGAAGGGAUCCUAUGAGAAGAGGCAGAAGCUUUCCCUGCGCUCUGCCCUCAGGCCUGCUGGGCCCAUUGUGUUCCACUAUGGCAAGUACAGGCAGUCAGAACUACACGUUGCACUGCCAGAAAAGAAGUCACGUUUCUGCUUGUGUACAGCAGAUGAAGAGGAAAAAGACUGCAGUUCAUCCCUUGUUAUUCCUCUGGAUUCACUUCCCCUCAAGGAGAAAAUAGCAGUAGCCAAGGAUGAAACAAUUAAUUUACAGCUGAAGUCAAAAGACUGGAGAAAAAAAUUAGAUGUUCGCCUGGCAUUUGAUCUCUGUUCGGAGGAGACCAAUUUCCUACAGAAGCGGAAGAAGUUUGUGUCUUCUGCUCUAAAAAAAGCCCUUAAUUUACAGCAAGACCUACAGGACCAUGAGGUACCAGUUGUAGCAGUCAUGACAACAGGGGGUGGCACCCGGGCACUGACAUCUUUGUUAGGCAACCUGUUGGGCCUUCAGAAGUCGGGUCUCUUAGAUGCUAUUUCAUACAUCACUGGCUCAUCUGGCUCAACAUGGACUUUGUCACAUUUGUAUCAGAGCUCUGACUGGUCACACAAGGAUCUGUCUGGGCCGAUUAGUGAAGUCCGGAGGCACAUGACUAAGUGCAAGCUCAGUUGCUUUUCUUUGGAAAGCUUUAAGUAUUAUGACAAGGAACUAAAGCUGCGGAAGCAAGAGGGAUACCAGACUUCUAGCGUUGAUUUCUGGGGGCUUCUACUAGAAAAAGCUUUAAAUGAUGGGAAAAAUGAGCAUAAGCUUUCAGAUGAGCGGCAGGCAUUGGAUCAGGGUCAGAAUCCUCUCCCUAUCUACAUGAUCCUCAACAUGAAAGAACGUUACAGCCUUCCAGAGUUUAAAGAAUGGGUGGAGUUCACCCCUUAUGAGGUGGGAUUCUUAAAAUACGGAGCCUUCAUUCGCGCAGAAGAUUUUGGCAGUCAGUUCUUCAUGGGUCGCCUGAUGAAGAAGCUCCCUGAAUCGAGGAUCUGCUUUAUGCAAGGCCUGUGGAGCAAUGUCUUCUCCUAUAACCUCUUGGAUGCCUGGCAUUCAUCAGAUUCUUCAGGACGAGUGUCACUGAGAUGCACCCAACCCAGACCUGUCAAUGUUGAACAAGAGCCUUUGCUACCAGCACAGAACAAUGAGUUGGAGACUUACUUGGUGACCCCUGAGUGUGGCAUCAUGGAUAUUAUUCGGCAGCUCUUGACAAAGCGAGUGUUGGUUUCAAAGUUCUUCAACUUCCUAAAGGGACUCCAGUUGCACAAUGAGUACCUCCAGAGCAAAAGCUUUUGUAUGUGGAAAGAUACUGUGCUAGACAAUUUCCCUAACCAACUGACACAAACAGCAGAGUUCCUGUGCCUGGCAGACACAGCUGGAUACAUCGAUAUCAGCUACCCACCACUCAUGAGGCCGGAGAGGAAAGUGGAUAUUGUCCUACACUUAAACUAUUCUUCUGGAUCACAGACAUCGCCUUUGGAAAAAGCCUCCAAGUACUUCCUAAAACAGGGAAUCCCUUUUCCCAAGAUCCACCUGAGCGAUGAAGAGGAGAGGAACCUGAAGGAGUGCUACGUCUUUGAAGACCGGGAGACACCCCAGGCGCCCAUAGUGGUGUUUUUCCCCCUGGUGAAUGACACAUUCAGGACAUACAGAGAGCCGGGAGUGGAACGUGGCCCAUCUGAGCUGGGCCAGGGCAACGUGGAUGUUUCCAGCUCCACCUCUCCUUACUGCAUAAACAGCUUCACCUACACCGAGGAGGAGUUUGACAAGCUGGUAAAACUCACCAGCUACAACAUCCAGAACAACAAACAUUUGAUCCUUCAGGCUUUGAAUUCAGCAAUAGAACACAAAAAGCAACAGAAAAAUUAA